AUCACGGGGAGGCAGGGCCUCGCCCACACCAAACCUGUGGACGCUGACCCGGGACCGCCGCUGGCUGACUGCUGGCUCGCUCGACCGUCAUGGAGACCCUGGGGGCCCUUCUGGUGCUGGAGUUUCUGCUCCUCUCCCAGGCGGAGGCCCAGCAGGCCACGGAGCAUCGCCUGAAGCCGUGGCUGGUGGGCCUGGCUGCGGUAGUCGGCUUCCUGUUCAUCGUCUAUUUGGUCUUGCUGGCCAACCGCCUCUGGUGUUCCAAGGCCAGGGCUGAGGACGAGGAGGAGACCACGUUCAGAAUGGAGUCCAACCUAUACCAGGACCAGAGUGAAGACAAGAGAGAGAAGAAAGAGGCCAAGAAGAAAGAAGAGAAGAGGAAGAAGGAGAAAAAGGCAGCGAAGGAAGGAGAGAACAACUUGGGACUGGAUCUGGAGGAAAAAGAGCCCGAAGACCAUGAGAGAGCAAAGAACACAGCCAUGUGAAGAUUCCUGGCUGCCUCUUCCAGGCAGUCCCCCAGAGAUGCCCCCUAAAAGCAAUGCCCUGGACUUGAAGCCCGUGAAAUGACUCCAUCUGGGAUUCAGAAUACAGUAUUAUCAAGUGAAGAAGGCUUGGAACCCACCCCACCUCCCUCAAUGGGGGCUCUCUGGGCAAACAUGGUUUUCAUGCACCCCUCUUCCUAAGCUUGGUCCCUGCCUGGUGAUUCUUCUUAUACUCAGAGAGCAUCCCUGGUUGAGGAGACACCCGCAUCCUCCAUGAUCUCAUGGCUCCACCUGCUUUUACCCACUGCCUGAUUUCUUUUCUCUCUGCCUGAUGUCUACUGACCAGAACUUCCCCUCUCCCAAGCACCCACUCCCAGCUGAGAGCUGCUUCCCGAUGGCCUGCAUUAAAGCAUUCGUAAGGGCCUUUUGGAAGGGCUCCUGUCAUCUCUUGGGACUCAGUUUACCUCUGGGGAAGGAGGCUGCUUUUGGGGCUGGGGGCGAUGGCUGGGCAGAUGAUAUGGAGGCUCAGGCUGCACAGGUGCCCAGACGCCCUGGGCAGAUUAAACGCUCCCCCGGCAAUCUGGUUUUUUGCUGUCCUGAGCCCUGGACUUUGAGCCCUGAGCGCCGUCUCCAGGCAAAUCUUUGCUCCUUCCCCCACCUCACCGUGUUUUGGGGCACGUGACUUUUUUCCUGGGAGCUGUAUCUUGGAGGGUGGGGGGUGCCCCAGGGCCCUGCAAUAUCUUGGAAAGGGACUAGCACUUCCUUUUCCCAGUUUCUGUUCUCCCACUUCCCCUCACCUUCUCCAGGCCCUGGACCUUGCCCUGAACAAUGAUCAUUUCUCUUUUAUUUGA